GGAAGACAACGGAAUGAAUAGAGUUAAGUAAUCACCUAUGUAGUAUAGCUAAUACGUCUUUUAUUCGUAAAAACCGUGAAAUGAACUUACUAUUAUGUAACCCAAAUUCACGUACUUAACAUGCCUAGUGAUUGACAAAGUUUACAUACAUUUGGAUACGGAUGUAUAAAUUUCGAUAUCCUACUCUUAAAUUAAAGUAGAUAUAUUGCUGCAAAAGGUGUCUUGAUCAAACAUUAUCGAGCUAAAAGAUACAUUUUAACUUCAAGUCAACACUGUCAGGGAAUUAUUAUAUGGAAUGACUACUUGCCUUAAUUUUUAAAAACAGUUAAUAUUUGCAGUAAUCCGGUUUCCAUGCUUAAAUAUUAUCAAAAUGGUCUCGCGAUAAAAUAUACCGCAGGUUGAACGCGUAAAAAUAUUAGUAAUAAAAAGAUCAGUUAGGUAUUUGAUAUUUAUAUUAGUUUGUGUGAUUAAAAUCGCAAUGCAAAAUUUACUUUAGCAAACACGGUUAGCAGACAGGUCCAACUUCAAUAGCAGCUUGAUUGCUCAAACGUUCAAAAAGGUAUGUCAAUAUUUAGAACUAUUCAAGUUUUGUUAAUUUCUCCCACCAAGUCCUGCAUUUUAUUAACUUGUGACGUGUGGUCAACUCGUGACUUAGUUAUAUGUGAUAUUUAUGUUAUCAUUCAACCAUUGUGUCGACUCAAUUUGCAACGAAUAUUAUUUCAGCUUAUUUAAAGUACAGUGUUUCGAACUUCGUUAUGUUGAGUGUAGCCAAGUUUUUACUGAUCAGUAUACCGAUUGUUCAAUGCAUCAUUGUGCCAGCGCCAGAAGAAAUAUGUGGACCAAAAUUGAUGACAUCACCAUCAGGAUCGUUCACAAGUCCGUUUUAUCCGUUGGAAUAUCUUAGCGAUCACGUUUGUGAUUGGGUGAUCGAGGUUGAACCUGGAAACAUCAUAGAAAUAACGUUCAAUGACUUUGAAUUAGGAAGCGGUUUAUUUCCACUUGGCUAUAUCAGGAAUGACUAUGUAUUGAUAUACGAAAACGAUACAAGGGACAUUGGACGUUAUUUUCCAUCCAUUUUUGGCCAUAAUACAUAUCGUUCAAAGUCGAAUAAAGUCAUCGUUGAGUUUGUGAGUGACGAAAUAGAUGAGUUCAGAGGAUUUAACGCAUCUUAUGAGAGUUGGAACGCACUUGACUACUGCGAGAAGUAUACACUUCAAAUACAAUCAGUGAAAAAAGCAAGAUGUUUUGAUGAAAGCAAAUUUCAUUUUUAUAAACGUUGUUACGUUACAUGCUUGGAAGGAUACGUUCUUAAAAAAAGUUCGAGGGUCCACUGUAACAACGGAAAAUUUUUACCGGAAAGUCCAUGCGGAUUGAUAGAUUUUGAAGCUCGCCUGUGUGAAUUAACAGAUAUGGGAUAUUGCCUGUAUUCGACGUACGAAAUGGCGGAAUAUUUAUGGAACCAAAUUUCUAACACACACUACGAUGGCGAUAUGGAUGAUAAUAAAUCAGUUCUAGAUAUAUUUCCUGAUCCGUUAGAAAAUGCUCCACCGACAGACACGCCAUCUGGAGUAGGCCCAAACUCUUCUCCUGGAAUCGAAGCAUCCUGUUUCGAUAAAUUAUUGAAAUACAAUUACUGUGCAAGAAAGAAAGAUAAGAAGUAUGCCUUCAAAUGUCAAGAUUUUUUAAAAAUCAGGAAAUUGGGCUACAAAGCAGCUUCGGCGAAGAUGGAGUUAUGUUUCCAAUGUCGAGCAAUUGGAUGCACGAAUGUUGUUUACAUUUAAACCGUAAUUUCAACAAAACAACGCAACCUCAUGACAAAUCUAUCUCAACAAUUUAGCACAACAUUAUGUGUUAACAUUUUGAUUGUUUCCUUCUCUGUAUAACUUUGUUUCUUACUUAAUAAUCAGAUUAUUAAUAAUAAAUAGAGAAAAUCAUUG